AUGCCUAAGACAACCGACGAGAAGAUGGAUAGAAAGGCACGCAUGCGUUCCGAGCUCCCACCAGACGUUAAAUGGGAUGUUGCAGAACAUGUAUUGUUCGUAAAAAGGAAACAAAGAAAAUGGGACGUUGAUGACCAAUCCGAUAAUCCAUAUCCUUAUGAAUUGCCAAAGUGGCUCUUUGAAGAAGAGAGUGUUCCUUCAGACGAUCCUCAUCAAGCGACGGCUCGGCCCUUCGAAGAAGAUACUGUUCCUCCAGACGAUGCUCAUCAUCGGAAGAGGCUAUGCUUCGAAGGGGAGAAUGCUCCAUCAGGCGAUCAUCCUAACUUGAUGUCUCCGCCAUUCAAAGAAGCGACCGUCUCUCCAGGAGAGACUGUUCUUCCAGACGACCCUGAUAAUUUCACGCCUCGACCCUUCGAAUUCGAGACUAUUCCUUCAGACGAUCCACAUCCAUCAUUCGACCAAGAGCUUUUUCAAUCCUGGCAUUUCCAGCCACAAUGGAAAGCCUACAAUACCAGAGACUUUGCUCGGGCGCUUCAUUGGUACAAUGAGAUUCCACUUGAGCUGCGACUUUCGCCUAAGCAGAUAUUAAGACUCUAUUCGCCGAUUUGGGAAGAUGAGGAUCCUCAGACCUUCUUGAACAGUUGGUUUCUACUCCUCAAUGAUGCCUUCUUCUUCGGAGCUCUCGAUCCAGAACUUGUUAAAGUCAUAAUGGAAUAUGAUGAACAUGCUCCUCAAAUGGGACUUACCAAAAUGGAUGCAACUAUUCCAUUUCGUGGGAUCAUCCGAGUCUGGGCUGAUUAUGAUAAUAAAAGAGGUCCCACAACUUGGAUACCGCUGCUCAUACUGGCCCUUAUGCAUGAAAUGCUACACGUAUUUUUCGAAUCGUUUGGUUGCAUCAGCAAGCAAUGUCCCUCGCAAUGUUACCAAAUUUUGGGCGAGGUGCCGAUUAUAAAGCCCAUUGGUCAUACGCCUGAAUGGGCAGACUGUAUGCGCCUGCUUUACGAUGCUCUUAGAGAUCUAGUGAGUUGGCCAGCAUCACUAGAAUACUAUUUUCAUGACCUGCUGUGGUCAGGUGUAUGCUGGGAGAUGGCGAUUCGUAAGGUGCGGCCAACCCCGGCCCAGUUCAGACGCUGGAAUUUCAGAAGAUAUUUUGAAUUGCAGGUUAAAACUAAAAUGCAUCCCGAUGACAUACGACACUUGGAGGUUUGGCUAGCUUUGAUGGAUGAAUAA